GUUAGGUGGUAGUGUGGGCAUCGAAGCAGCCAGCAGAGCCAGCAGUGAGCCGGUGUGAUGUAUGAAGAGAGCAGAGUGCAUCUGGUGGUAGGAGCCGAGCAGUGGGUGCCCUGGCUGCGCAUCACAGAGCACCCGGUCACUAGGGAACUCACCUACUCAGGAAUCAUGUACAACCUUCUCCUCGCUCUCUCUCAGACCAUGAAUUUCACGUAUGAGCUGAGGCGACCUGCAGACGGACUGUGGGGCGUGGGGUUCCCCAACGGGUCGUGGAGCGGCAUGCUAGGCAUGGUGAAGAGGGGUGAAGUGGACUUCGCCCUGGGUCCCUUUGCCUUCAACUGGGAGCGUUACCACUACGCCUGUGAGUUUAGCCAACCCAUUUUCGUUGACUAUGAGAGCGUUUUUGUGCGUAGGCCGGGGCUGGAGACAGACCUCUUCGCCUUCAGUCGACCAUUCCAGUGGCAGGUGUGGCUUGGAUUAGCAGUGGUCGUGCUGCUCACCUGGACCAUCCUAGAACUUUUCCUCCACCUUAGUCCCUACGAGCAGGAAACAACAAUGGAAGAUUUAAAGACAGAGGAAGAGAAGAUAGGAAUAAGGAGGAAGAUGACACGGGACCAGUCUAACAUCAUGUGGAUAAUCAGGACACUCGUUAAUCAAAGUAACCCGUGGCUGCCGAAGAGCGACAGUAGAAGAGUGAUAACAGCAUCGUGGCUUCUUUCUUGUAUUAUCUUCAUCUCCGUCUUCUCCAGCACACUCACUGCCAUGCUCUCAGUGCCUGCGGUUCGUCAACCCAUCGACAGCACAGAGGACCUGGUCAGGCAGGAUAAGGUUCCCUGGGCAAUCGAGUCUGGUUCAUUCCUCUAUCAGAUCCUAUAUCAAGCUACAGAGGGCAUCUACAAGGCGCUGUGGGAUGGACACACCGCCAGCAUCACUGACUGUUACACUUACCGUCAUGACAUUGCUGCCGGCAAGUACGCCGCCGUCUGUGACAAGAUGACCAUGAAGAAGGUGAUGUCGGAGGACUUCAGUGCUACUGGGACAUGCAGUUUCUAUAUGGCGAGGGAAGACUUUAUGUCCAUGCCCAUGGCUCUCGCCUUCAGGCACCGGCACCCCAUCUUCCCCAAGGCCAACCAGAGAAUUCUGGAACUUGUUAACAAGGGGCUGGUGGGAGCGUGGAUAUCAGAUCAGCUGCCCAACAGCACAGCGUGCCUGGGCGCCUCCGGGCCCACCUCCCCGCCCGACAAACACCCGCUGGCACUUAAGGACUAUUAUGGUCUCUUCACUGUUUGUGCGUUCUGUAUGGUGGGUUGUGUAGCAGUGCUGGGUGUGGAGAUGACAAUGGCUAGGUUCGCUGAGCGUCGCCGAGCCACCGAGAGGUGAUCCCGUUGGACCACCACCACCAGCUCUGGCUAACAGACAUGUGACCCCAGUUAGACUACUACUACUACAACCAUCACUGCCGCCACCACCACCACCCCCACCACAACCUCCGACGCCACCACCUCCAGCACCACCACAACCGCCACCACAACCUCCACCACCACC